UUUAUUCAAUAUAUGUGUUAUUUGCCGCAAAUAUUACAAUAACACUCGCUAAAAAUCAGAACAAGCGGAAACAUUUCGAAUGAAACCAAGUCUUUUUAAUCGAAGGGCAGUGAAGUAAGCGGGCCUGGAGGGAGACAAUUUUACGAUUUUCUUCAAGGUUAUUUAUUAUUCUUCAAGGGCCUUAAGGUUAUAAAUUAACUGUUUAAAUAAAAGGACUCUUAUUGGAGGAAUUGAACAGCGACAGUCAAGUAGGUACACAACAUAUACAUUUAGCUUCCUCAUGAAGGAGCAUGGACCUAAGCAGACCUAAGGCAAGCUUGGGCCUGGGCAAGUCACGGCUCGUAAGUCAAAUGUGGCUCUUCCCCUCUCUUACGUGUUCCAUGGCUCUUCCCCCCUCUUACGUGUUCCGUGGCUCGUUCGUACUACAUACAUGCCCCUUAAGCAUCCCCCACACACACACACGCAACACGAUCGCUUGCGGCGUGAAGUAGCAGUAGUGUUCACGGACCCAAGUAUUGGAGAAAAAGAGGGAUUGGUGUGAGAGUUUGCGGCUCGCGGCUGAAAUGGCUCGCCCAGGCCUAACCCAAAAAUACAGUAAUGAAACCUACUCUUGCACGAUUUUCGUACUCCCUAAGCUGAUGCACAUAUCCCCACCAUUUUACUGAAUAUGCAAUCCGCAGUGAGAAUCCUGUCUCAGCAGUGAAUCGUCAACCAGUCAAAAUAAAGUAAUUUCUACUUCUAUUCUCGCUAACGGAGCCCACUGCGGCCGGAAAGUCUUGCAAAACUUGAAGUAUUACUAUAUUCGGUUUGACUCGGAAUCGUUCGAAUCACAUGAAGUGCAUCUAGUCUCCCCUUUUCACAAAUCUCAUCCUCCUCUCAUCCUAACGCUCCGUCCAUGUAUACUUAGGUUAAUGGAAAGGAACGAAGAGCGGCAACAUUAUUCCGAUCCUUUCUACAUUGUAAUCCUGAUCUAUAUUGUUAUUUUGAAAAUAUAGUACAAGUUCUUUUUCCAUAAUUAGUUCUUGGUUGACUUUUUACGUCUUUUAUCUACAUCUGCUUCUCAUAUCGUUUUUCCGUUAUCUUUUCAAUGCGGUAGUUUAAUAUUUUAAUAACUUAGUAUUUCAAGGCGUUUGACCUCUCUCUCUCUCUCUCUUCUGCCGCGAAAUUACAAAAAUUUUAACUACGUGUGACAUCCGAAGGCAAAUUUUGGAAUUACUGAAUCAGUAAGAACAUAACAACAUAUAUUUAUUUAUACAAUUUAAUAUAUAAUCAGAGAGGAAAUUCUGUUUGUAGUACAUACAAACAAUUUUAUAUACAUCAUUGUACAUUUCCAAUAAUGUCCAUAAUUGUGAACUGCAGACAAAAAUUACAUUGUACGAAACGUCUCUAUAGACUUUAUAUGUUAUGGAUAAUUUGGAAAAAUUUACCUGUUGAUACGCUAGUGAAUUUAAAACCGUUUUAUGAAACAAAUUCGGUGAUAAGUUACAUUUAUUCAAACUAUUUGUGUACAUAUUUCGUGAAACAAUGAUUCAUAAAAUCAAUGAAGGAGGCAACAACUUGCUCGUCAAACCAGAUGACGGUAAGCCGCAAGUAUUUAAAAGACAGCAAGUUGAAUGUGUCAAUCUUUCAAAAAGGUUUAUCAGCACGAGAAAUGAUUACUCAAAACAAUUCGCACACAUAUAUUCUACCAGACUUGCUGAAUUGAGAGAGGUUUUAAUUCCACAAGUUAAAACUAAAUGGGGAACUAUCCCUAUAGUUAAAUUAGCUGAGUUAGAAAAUUUAGAAGGUAAAGAAUGUGUAAUAAUUGGUACGCUUUAUAAGCAUCAACAAUGGAAGCCAUCAAUCUUGCGUGAGCUCAGUGAAGACCAUCAACUCAGUGUACCUUGUUCUAGAUUAAAUUACUGUUCUGAAAAAGAUAUACCUUACCUGGAAGAUGAAAUGUUACGUAUUAAAUUAGUAGGUGAAAAAGUUCAUCUUAAAGAUAUUGUCACUGGUGUUGUUUGUGCUGUACGAGGUAAUGAGAACAGUGAUGGAACGUUUAUGGUCAAAGAUUGGUGUCUUCCUGGUUGCGCUCCAAAAAAAAAUAUAAUUGAAUGCCCAUCCAAUGGGAAAUUAGUGCUAGUAUCUGGUUUAAAUUUAUCCCAAAGUCGUGAUAGUUUAGCAAUGAGUCUUUUUGUGGAUUGGCUGUCUGGAAUGGCUGGUAAUAUGAAAAUACAAAAAGAUGGAACCUCCAUUGUCCGUCUCGUUAUUGCAGGUAACACUGUAAAAGAUAGUAGUACAAUACCUUCAGCAAUGGAUAAAGUAGAUAAGGAAAUUGAUACAAUCAAAACUAUGGACACAUUUUUAUGUGAUUUGGCAAAAUGUUGUGCCAUUACUUUAAUGCCAGGAGAACAUGAUCCUACAAAUGCCAUGUUACCCCAAAAACCACUUCAUCCAUGUUUGUUACCUAAAUCGUUUAGACUUGAAAGUUUUAAAAGCACUACAAAUCCAUGGAUUGGUAGAGUUGAUGGACAAUUAAUAAUUGGUAACAGUGGUCAAUCAAUCAAAGAUAUCAUCAAAGCAACUGGUGAAACAGAUAUUUCAGCAAUUGAAUGGCUUGAGAGAUCUUUAUUAUGGAGACACAUGUGUCCGACUGCUCCAGACACAUUAUUAGCUUGUCCAUAUUACAAAGAAGAUCUGUUUAUUAUGAAAGAAUGUCCAGACAUAUAUUUUGUAGGAAAUACAGAGAAAUAUGAAACAAAAUUAUGGAAGGGCGAUGAAAAUAAAGUAGUAAGAUUGAUAUCAAUUCCUCGUUUCAGUACUGCUCAUGCAGCUGUUAUAGUAAAUCUAGAAAAUUUAGAUACACAGUGUAUUUCCUUCAGUAACGCAUAGACAAGUGAUAAUCUUUGAUAAAUAACUGUGUGAAGUGUGAGAAACUUUUUUAUACUUCCUAUAUUUUUUGUACUUUUUAUACUUAUAGAAAAGAACAUUUAAUUCCAUACAUGUAUGUA